ACAAAAGUAGCGGCUCGAGCCGGAAACAGGGAAGGGACGGAAACUGCUUGACCAGAUUGGCGUUUAGUCCGACGGAUCCCGGACGAGCGCCGCCGUGAAAUACGCUGAAUAAUGUUUCACGCAGACGCCUGCACAGCUUUUUUUAUGCGUAAUAGGGCAUGAUGAAUUAUGACUUACUGGCGCAGGUGUAUUAGGCGAACAAGUGCCAGCAUAAUGUUUGUAGUUAAAAUAUCCAUUGAUUAAUUGGGUGUAUUGUGUCAGAGCGCAGAGCCGCGUCUGCUUCGUCUGGAGCGCCCGCCCAUUGGGUUUUCUGCGGAGCGAUAGUGGGAGAUUGAUUAUAGUCUCCGGGAUUUGCCGUGGAGAAAGCCAGAGCUUGCGUGGACUGCGAUCCGCUCCACCAUCAGUACAGGGGACAACAAUUAGCAACGGCUCGUUUCAUCCCGACUCCACAGCCUCCUGUCUUCCACCAGGUAGCCAAUCUAAAUACGCGUAAGGCACGCUGGACUUUUUUUUUUUUUUUUUUUUUUUUACAGAGGAGGCUGAGAGUGUGAAUUGCUCCGCAGUCUCGGAUGCGUACGGGGAGUGGGCUGGGUCGCCUAGGCGCCUGGUAGACGCACACGUCGUCAGCGAGCAGGGAAGAAAAAAGCGAUAGGUGAGGGUGCGCGCGAGGGGAACGCGACACCCGAGGCUUUUCUUGCUGGAGAAGGACGCUGUGGAGGGGAACCGCACGCGGGCAGCCCGCCGGACCCGCCGGCUGUGGACCUUCAGCACGAGCACCGGCCGCUUUUGUCUCCCGGGAUUCGGGGACCUUCUUCUCUUCGGAUUCGGGACCUGCAGUUGAGCACGUUGCCGAACCCCGGCCGGACCGCGCGUCCUCACCGAACGGGAGCGUUGGAAGGGAAUCCGCGGGGCAAGACACGCACGCAAUGGCAACCGGUGCGCUCCUUCUUGCCUGCGCGCUGCUCGCGGGGGCUGCGCGGGCUCAGCGGGUGGUCACGGUGCAGACUGGACCGCUGAUACGGACCGAGGGCUCGCACGUCACCGUGUGGUGCAACGUCACGGGCUACAAGGACGGCGUGGAGCAGGACUUCGAGUGGUCCAUAUACCUGCCGUCGGCGCCGGAGCGCGAGAUCCGCAUCGUGAGCACGGCCCAGCCCAACUACGCCUACGCCGUGUACGCCCAGAGGGUGAACAGCAAGGAGAUCUACGUGGAGAGGCUGAGCCGCGACGCCGCCGUGCUCCACAUCACCAAAGUCCAGGCCAACGACCAGGGUCUGUUUGAGUGCUACACGCCCAACACGGACGGCCGGUACCUGGGGUCCUACAGCGCUCGCACCAACCUCACCGUCAUCGCUGACUCGUUGACAGUAACGGCGCCGGCCCAGACUCUGUCCAAGGUGGAGGGCGACACGCUGCAGCUUACCUGUGAGGUGUCUCGGACCACGGUGCAGCACACCCACCUGUCGGUGGGCUGGUACCUGCGGUCCCCGGAGGACGCGGCGGCCGCGCCUCAGGAGCUGGUCACCCUGUCCAGGGACUUCGUUCUGCGCUCGGGGGGUCCGUACCGGCAGAGGAUGGCGGCAGGGGACCUCAGGCUGGACAAAACCAGCCCCACGGCCUAUCGGCUGACCAUCCACAAGCUGCAGCCCAUGGACCAGGGCCUGCUCUACUGCCAGGCCGCCGAGUGGAUCCAGGACCCCGAUGACAGCUGGUUCGCCAUGACCCGCAAGCAGAGCGAUAAGACCCAGCUCCGCAUUCAGCCCACUGAUCGGGACUUCAGCAUCCAGGUGAGCACGGAGCGACGGUCCUUCACGGCCGGUGAGCCGCUGGAGCUUCGGUGCACCAUUGAGGCCCAGAACGUCCCCGAGCGCUUCUUCUCGGUGUCGUGGGUUUUCAGCAGCUCACUGGUGGCCGUGGUGGGCCCCAGUGCCGUGCCUGCCCUGGGCCCCGCCUACGCCCCCCGCGAGGCCGCCGGCCUCAUGACGGUGCGCAAGGAGAGCGCCAACGUGCACCUGCUCAAGCUGCAGCGCCUGCGCCCAGACGACGCCGGCAAGUACAUCUGCCGCGUGACGGAGCGGGAGAAGACGCCCACGGGGGACUUCAUCGACCGCAGCAAGAGGUCCCGCAAUGUCCAGAUCACAGUCCAGCCGCUCAAAAGCAACAUCACGGUGUCAUUGUCCAGUAACGCCUCCGAGGUCCUGGAGGGCGACGUGAUCCAGCUCACCUGCUCGGCCCAGUCCACCGCGGGCCCGCUCUCCGUAGCCUGGCACUGGACGGGCCGGGACCAGGCGGGACCGGGCCAGGAGGUGGCCUCGGUGGAUCGCGACGGCACCGUGUGGCACAGCCCCGCCUACAGGGAGCGCUCCAGCUACGGGGAGGUGCGCGUGGAGAAGGCGCAGGCCGACGCCUUCUCGCUGUCCCUGUACAGCGCGCUGCCCGGCGACGAGGGCGAGUACCGCUGCACGGUCGCCGAGUGGGCUCAGACCGGCGCCGAGCCGGAGCUGGACUGGGAGAAAAUAGGAGAGAUGGCAGCCACCAAGACGGUGGCCGUCAGGACCGUGGAGUCCUCCUUCAUGGCGUCGGCCUCUUCGCGGACGCCCUCCGUGACCUUCGGGGACUCCUUUGACCUCCUGUGCCUGGUCAAGCCUCGCCACAACCCGCGCGUGCCCACCUCCGUCACCUGGCGCUUCAUGCCGGCGGGGACGGAGGCCGACGGCGACGGCGAGUUCCGGGACCUGGUGACGUUCACCCGCGAGGGCACGCUGCAGUGGGGCGAGCAGCUGCUGGGGCUCGGCACCCGCACCACGGUGGACCGCUCCCUCUCCAACACCAACUUCCGGCUGUCCGUGACCCGGGCGGGGCGCCGCGAGGCCGGCAAGUACCAGUGCACCGCCGUCCUCUGGAGGAAGAACUACGACGGCAGCUGGAGCAGAGUGGCCAACCGCACGUCCAACCUCCUUGGCAUCAGCGUGCUGCAGCCAGAGAGCAGGCUGCAAGUACUAAAGACCAACCAGUCUCAGGUGUAUCUGGAGGACAGCCGCGUCAGGGUCAACUGCUCCAUCACCUCCCAGACCAGCCAGGACUCCCAGCACGCCGUGCUGUGGUACGUAAAGCACGCCACGGGGUCAGAAGCCGACGAGCUCCUGCUCCGGAUCGAGCGGUCGGGGGCCUUCGAGUACGGCGCCUACGCCGACGAGGAGAGGCUGCGGCGGCGCGUGCAGGCCGAGCGGCUGUCGCCGCGCCUCUACGUGCUGACGCUCAACAGGGCGGAGAGCAGCGAUUCUGGGACCUACUACUGCCUGGUGGAGGAGUGGCUGAGUGACCCAGAUGGAGCCUGGUACCGGCUCUCCCGGGAGUCCUCGGGGUUCACGCGGGUUCUGGUCCGGCAGCCAGAGGUUCGGCUUCAGGUGGAGGAACUGGAGUCCAACGUGACCGUGGAGGAGUCGGCCUCCAUCCGCCUGGGCUGUAGCAUUCCCUCCCAGUCGUCCCGAGACUCGCGCUUCUCCGUGUCCUGGUACGUGGAGCGCUCCGAGGGCGCGGACGAGGACGAGCCGCCGGGCGGGGACGGAAACCAGCGGGAGUGCGUGUUCUCCAUCGGCCACGACGCCGUCUUCGGGAACGGGAACUGCAGCCCCAGGGAGGAGGCGGCGCCCAACUCCCGCCUGCAGUUCGAGCGGCUGGCCUCAGACCAGUACAGCCUGACCAUUCAGGGGGCGCGGCCCACGGACGCGGGCAGGUACUACUGCCACGUGGAGGAGUGGCUGCUCAAUCCGCGCAACGCCUGGUACCGCCUGGCCACCAACGACUCCGGCUUCACCAUCGUCAACGUCCUCCAACAAGUGUCCACCCUCCAGUCGGUGGUGUGCUCCAACGAGUCCCUCUUCUACUUCGUCUUCUUCUACCCCUUCCCCAUCUUCGGCGUCCUCCUCAUCGCCGUGCUGCUCGUCCGCUUCAGGGGCCGCAGCAGCAGCAAGAGCCAGGAGGGCAAGAACGGCGCCCCCCUGCUGUGGAUCAAGGAGCCGCACCUCAGUUACUCCCCCACGUGUUUGGACCCGCCCGCCCUCAGCCUGCACCCCGGCUCCGUCGACUAAGCCGGGUCGCCCCCCCCCCCCCCCAGUUUCUCGUGUCGCAUAUCCAGCCAACACAAUGCCAGGGAGCAGAACCGGACUCCACCCUCAGACCUUACCGUCUUUCACCGCUGUGUCGAGUUAGUCAAUGAGUUGAUCA